CCUCCCACUUCUUCCUCAUCAUUCACGACUGUUCCUGGUUGAUUGUUGUAGCUUGUGCUCCAUCCGUAUUCCUUCAGAAUGCGAUCCAACGCACUGUUGAGCGCCCUGUUGGCGGUGGGCGGCGCCGUCGCCCUCCCGGGUGAGAAGAGAGAUGUCAGCACCAAAUACCCGUAUACCGGGCCCGCCGUGCCCGUCGGCGACUGGGUCGACCCUACCAUCAACGGCAAUGGCAAGGGUUUCCCCCGUUUGGUCGAGCCGCCUGCCGUCACUCCCAAGUCCAAGACGCCCACCAACAACAUCAACGUCAUCCAGGUCUCGUACAUUCCCGGCGGUGCCAACAUUCACUUCCAGACGCCCUUUGGCAUUGGAGGCAACCCGGUGGUCAACUGGGGCACGAAUGGCUGGAAGCUGAGCUCCAAGGCUACCGGUCUUACCCAAACCUAUGGCCGUACGCCAUCGUGCUCGGAGAUCAAGGCGGUCACCAUGUGCAGCGAGUACUUCCACAACGUCCAGAUCACCGGCCUCAAGAACAACACGCAAUACUUCUACCAGAUCCCGGGCGGCAACGGCACCACCCCGUCGGGCGUGUUCAAUUUCACCACUGCUCGCGCUGCUGGUGACACCACCCCGUUCUCCAUUGCUGUGCUCAAUGACAUGGGCUACACCAAUGCUCAGGGCACAAAGGCCCAGAUCCAGGCGUUGGUGGACGAGAAGAGCAUUGCCUUUGCGUGGCACGGUGGUGACAUCAGUUACGCUGAUGACUGGUACUCCGGCAUCCUGCCUUGCAACCUCACCGACUGGCCUGUCUGCUACAACGGCUCCUCGACCACCCUCCCCGGCGGCAAGCCUUAUCCUCCGGAGUACUUGGACGCUCCCCUGCCCGCCGGAGAAAUUCCCAACCAAGGUGGCCCACAGGGUGGUGACUUUAGCGUCAUCUACGAGUCCAACUGGGAUCUGUGGCAAAACUGGAUGAACAACAUCACGACCAAGAUUCCUUAUAUGUCUCUGCCUGGCAACCACGAGGCGGCUUGCGCCGAGUUUGAUGGUGGCAACAAUACCCUGACUGCCUACUUGAAUGACGACAAGGCCAACUCUUCCGCUCCCACGUCCGACCUCACCUACUACAGCUGCCCGCCGUCGCAGAGAAACUUCACUGCCUUCCAGAACCGCUUCCGCAUGCCCGGAAGCGAGAGUGGUGGUGUCAGCAACUUCUGGUACUCAUUCGACUACGGCAUGGUCCACUUCGUGUCUCUCGACAGCGAGACCGAUUUCCCGUACAGCCCCGAGUACUCCUUUCUUGCCGAUACCGACGGGAAGUCGUACGACCCCACGGAGCAGGAAACGUACAUCACCGACUCCGGGCCAUUUGGAUACAUCCGAGGCAACUACAAGGAGAACAAGGCAUACGAACAAUACAACUGGCUCGUCGCGGAUCUUGCCAAGGUGGACCGCAAGGUGACUCCCUGGGUGAUUGCCAUGGCCCAUCGCCCGAUGUGGAGCUCGCAGGUGGCCAGCUACCAGAAGAACGUGCGCAACGCCUUCCAAUCGGUGCUGAUCGAGAACGGUGUCGACAUGUACCUCUCCGGACACAUCCAUUGGUACGAGCGGCUGAACCCUCUGACCGCCAGCGGUACCGUCGACAACAGCUCCAUCAUCAGUGCCAACAAGUACCAGACGAACCCCGGCACGUCUCUUGUCCAUGUGAUCAACGGCAUGGCGGGCAACAUUGAGAGCCACAGCACGCUUGGAAGUGACCCUCGCCUCCCCAUCACCGCCGUGCUCAACCAGAAGGAUUACGGCUUCAGCAAGCUCACCGUCAACAGCGCGACCGAGUUGACGUGGCAGAUGAUCAUGGGCGCGGAUGGAAGCGUGGGAGAUGAGUUUACCCUGACCAAGAAGUCGUCGUAGGUGGAUGGAGAGGUGCGAUGGGAUGGAAUGUAUACAAGAUGUAGUGGG